UUAAACUGAACAAUGCAGAUUUAACAGACAGUAUGACAGUGUGCUGCUCCAAAUGUAGCCCCAAUUAUAUAAAGAUGCUUUGCUGCCAUCUAAUGUUGUAUCUAGGUAUUGUGAUUUUGCACUAAUUUUCACUGGUUCGCUGUUAGCCAAUCAUGCUGAGGCCGCUAAUGAGCUGCUGUUGAUUAAUGAGAACGCUUGUGGGUUACAUCUGCUGCGAGGAAACGAAAACAUGGCUUCGGUUCAGGAUAAAGUUGCUGCAUUAAAUAUCAUGGGGAAAUUUUACAGUCCCCUCAACCUACCUCUUGGUAACAUCUGUUUUAUGCUUCAAGAUCACAGAUUAAUCAACAGACCUCAAGAUGUACAAACCAAGGUUGAAAAGACAGAAAUCUGGAGCCACAUCAUCGCUGCUCUACAAGCCCAAGUGAAGGUCAAGAAACGCAGGCAGCAUCUGAAGUCUCACGAUAACUGCUUCUUGGGCUCUGAUGCAGUGGAUGUUAUCCAGGAUUAUCUGACCCAGAAUAGGGUUUUUGGAGAUGCUCAGGUUUCCAGAGCCAUGGUUGCACGCCUGUGCCAGGUGCUCUUGGACUGUAAGGUGUUUGAGGUGGUGGGAACCAAAGUUCUGGGGAAGACCAGUAAACCAGGAGGCUUCCAGGACAGCAGCAGCAGCCUCUACAGAUUUCUGAACAUGGCGGAUCCGUCCCUGGAUGUGAUGGAAAUGUCGCUUUUCCCUCCCAGUGAAGAGAGUUUGAUGAACGUCACACCAUGCAGACAGGACUUCUUGUUAUUCUCUCAUAGUACACCUGUGAAACCAGACCAUGCACUGGAUCUUCUCACGGAGAAACUGGACUUGACCGGACUUGUUGGUUCUCCUCCCACUGAAUGUCUUCCUCCUUCUGUGGUCAGAGAGGUAUGGCACGAGCAGACCGUACGGAAGCUGUCUCGGCUGAUAGAUCUCCCCCUGCUGGAGGGCGUGCUCAGCUGCGCGAAGAUCGCUUCUCCCCCGUCUCGUGGCAGUAAUAAUGAGCCUGACCUCCUCUACACCAGCAACUACCUCGACCGUGAGGUUCUCAAGGCCUUCAAAGAAUCACAAGUUGAUGUUUGGCUGUCGGCAGCCAUAGACCUGCUGGAUUUCCUUCCGGAUCAGCUUGUGGUGGAGGUGAGCAGAGAGCUGCCCAAGUUCUCCCGUGAGGAAGAGGACGGCCAGAGGAUGGAUGAAUGUAAACUCCUGCUGUUUCGUGUGCUGGACAAACACUACGGACACAUAGAGCGCAAGCCUCUCCUCUGUGACAGCAUGGAAGACGUCUACACCGAGAUCAUGGAACUCCUGAUGAAUGGGAAGCUUGAACGAGCGCUGGAGGUCCUGCAGUUGACUCUGAAGCUGCUGCCUGUGUCUGCUCGCGAGGAACUGAGACGGCUGCUGGAGUUUAUGGCCACAGCUGCAGAUGCUGCGAACGUCCGGCUGCACAAAGAAAUUGAGAAUCGUAUGGUUGUGAAGAAGACGUUCACCAGAGCCGUCAUCCAGAGCAAGAGUCUGACGAGAGGAAAGACGGACCUGCUGAUGCUCUUUAUGCUCGACAACCACCAGGAGAUCUUCAAGAUUCCAGGUUCUCUUCACAAACUGGUCAGUGAGAAACUGGAUGACAUUGUGAAACACAGAGAGACUUCCACAACUGAUACUCUGUUUUGUCAGCGAGUGGCAAGAGAGAUGUACACCCACACCAUAAAGGACUCGACUAAGAAUGAGCUGUACUCUCUCUUGAAAAACAUUGACGAAAACCCAAAAUAUUCCCUGAAAGAGAAGAAACGACUCCUGGCACAGUUUUAUAAGGGCCAUCCAGACAUCUUCAUGCAGUACUUUGGGUCUAGACUGAGCACAUUAAACCUGCUUGAAGUUUAAGUUUUCUUUCUGUAUUUUAAUUUUUUUUUUUAAACGUUUUUAAACCAAAUAAAUAAACAUUUAAUUGU